UCCAUUUCAACCUCACGAUGUCCCUACGAACUAGCUAAAGGUGAAUAUAAGAAAAGGCGAGUUUGUAAAACCCAUUUCAAAGCCAUUUCGAUCUUAUGGUGUCUUCACGAACCACCUAAAGGUGAAAAGAAGAAAGAGGGCAAG